GCCUGUGGGAUCUCCAGGGCUAGUAGGUGUCCUGCUCACUCAGAAAGCACUGUGACUGAGGCCUCUCGGACAGUGUCUUGCAAGGCCAGGUUCACCAGCUACUACCGGACAGGUUGGCUGCCAGCUCCAAGUCCUGCUCCAGCUCCAGCCAUGACCUCCUCCAGGAGGGACUCCCUCAAUGCCAGCAGCUCAGAGCCUCUCCCGGUGGUCAUCAUUGGCAAUGGUCCCUCCGGCAUCUGUCUCUCCUACCUACUCUCCGGCCACCUCCCUUAUGUGAGGCCAGGUGCUGUCCACCCAUAUCCCUUGCUGCAAAGGAAGUUGGCUGAAUCCCCCGGGGUCUCCAUCCUGGACCAGGACCUGGAUUACCUAUCCGAAGGCCUUGAAGGCCGGAGCCAGAGCCCUGUGGCCUUGCUCUUCGAUGCCCUCUUGCGCCCUGACACAGACCUGGGAGGCAAUAUGGACUCUGUGCUGGCCUGGAAGCAGCAGAAGGAACGUGCCAUCCCCCACCUGGUCCUGGGGCGGAACCCCCCUGGAGGAGCCUGGCAUUCAAUUGAAGGCUCCAUGGUGACCCUGAGCCAAGGCCAGUGGAUGGGGCUCCCGGAUCUGCAAGUCAAAGACUGGAUGCGGAAGAAGCGCAGAGGUCUCCGUAACAGCCGGGCCACAGCUGGAGACAUUGCUCACUACUACAGGGACUAUGUGACCAAGAAGGGUUUGAGUCAAAACUUUGUCUCUGGUGCUGUGGUCACAGCUGUGGAGCAGGAAACACUUGAGCAUGAUGGUUCAGCGACCCAGGUGCCCAGACCCCUGUUCCGGGUGAGCGGCUUCUUGACCACCAAGAACCAGAGCCGGCAACCCUUCUCGCUGUGGGCCCGCAAUGUGGUCCUAGCCACGGGUACCUUGGACAGCCCAGCCAGGCUGGGCAUCCCCGGGGAGACUCUGCCCUUCGUCCACCAUGACCUGUCAGCCCUGGAGGCAGCCCUGCGGAUGGGCACUGUGAACUCCACCUCAGACCCUGUGCUGAUUGUGGGUGCUGGGCUGUCUGCUGCCGAUGCUGUCCUCUUUGCCCAUCACUACAAUAUCCCAGUAAUCCAUGCCUUCCGGCGCUCUGUGCAUGACCCUGGCCUGGUAUUCAACCAGCUCCCCAAGAUGCUGUAUCCUGAGUACCACAAGGUGCACCAGAUGAUGCGGGAGCAAUCCAUCCUGUCGCCCAGCCCCUACGUGGGCUACCGCAGCCUCCCUGAGCACCAGCCACUGCUCUUCAAGGAUGACCUCCAGGCUGUGUUCCGUGACCCUCAGGGUGGCCAGCACCUCUUUGGAGUUUCCCUGGUGCUUGUUCUCAUUGGCUCAUAUCCUGACCUCUCCUACCUCCCGGGGGCUGGCACUGACCUAGCCACGGACCCUGAGCAGCCAGUGAGUCCCAAAAGGAACCCCAUUGAUGUGGAUCCCUUCACCUAUGAGAGCACUCGCCAGGAGGGCCUGUAUGCCCUGGGGCCACUGGCCGGGGACAACUUUGUGAGGUUUGUCCAGGGUGGUGCCCUGGCCGCAGCCAGCUCCCUGCUGAGGAAGGAGACCAGGAAACCACCCUAAUGUCAGCCUGAUAUCCUAAUACCCAGGCCCUGAAGAGGAGGGAGCACACCACAGCCCUGUGUCAUCACUAGGCCAGCAGAAGACAACCUGCGAGGAACAGGCCUCUGAGGGCUGAGCCCUGGAGACCAUCAUUCCCCGCCCAUAGGCAUGGAGAACACAGGUCUCUUCUCCCCCUACAAACCCUCAAGCCAGCCCAGGGCCAAGUCAGGAGCAGUAGCCAGGGAGCUUGAGUCUGAGUUCAGGGUGGAGCUGAUAGUGUGAGCUGGGGUCACAGGGCUAGCUGAGUGCCCGUCCAGGAGGACCAAGCCCACCCCUUCCAGAAUCCUGUCUCAAAUAAAACCAGUGUUGCUUCCA